GGGGCGGAAGCGCGGGGCGGGACUCCCGGCUCGGCCCUUUCCGGCGGGGCGGGCGUGCGGCGGACAUGGCCGGGGAGCUGCUGGGCCCUACGGCCGCCAUGGGCCUGGAGGAGCUCUAUGUUUCUGACCGAGAGGGAAACGACUCCACUGGUGAUGGGACACAGAAGAAACCCUUCAAGACGGUGCUGAAGGCUUUGAUGACAGCAGGAAAGGAACCGUUCCCUACUAUUUAUGUUGAUUCCCAAAAAGAAAACGAGAGAUGGGCCAUUAUUUCAAAGUCACAGAUGAAAAACGUCAAAAAGCUGUGGCACAGGGAACAGAUGAAGAAUGAUGCCAAGGAGAAGAAGGAGGCAGAAGAUCUCUUGAGAAGAGAGAAAAACCUGGAGGAAGCUAAGAAGGUUGUUAUCAAGAAUGAUCCCAGUCUUCCAGAGCCAAAAUGUGUAAAGAUUGGUGCUCUGGGGGCUUACAGAGGCCAGAGAGUGAAGGUUUUUGGCUGGAUUCACAGGUUACGGAGGCAAGGAAAAAAUCUGAUGUUCAUUGUUUUGAGAGAUGGCACAGGCUUUCUCCAGUGUGUCCUUUCAGAUGAACUGUGUCAGUGCUACAAUGGGCUGAUCCUCUCCACAGAGAGCAGUGUUGCAGUGUAUGGCACUCUGAAACUCCUUCCCAAGGGCAAGCAGGCUCCAGGGGGCCAUGAGCUGAACUGUGAUUUCUGGGAGCUCAUUGGGCUGUCCCCAGCAGGAGGGGCUGACAACCUGCUCAACGAGGAUUCAGAGGUCGAUGUGCAGCUGAACAACAGGCACAUGAUGAUCCGAGGGGAGAACAUGUCCAAGAUCUUCAAGGUGCGCUCCAUGGUAGUGCAGGCCUUCAGGGACCACUUCUUUGCCAAUGGAUACUAUGAGGUCACACCACCAACUUUAGUCCAGACGCAGGUGGAAGGAGGCUCCACCCUGUUCAAGUUGGAUUAUUUUGGUGAAGAGGCCUACUUGACACAAUCCUCCCAGCUCUACCUGGAGACCUGCAUUCCAGCCCUUGGAGAUGUUUUCUGUGUUGCUCAGUCAUACAGAGCUGAGCAGUCCAGGACCCGCAGGCACUUGGCAGAGUACACUCACAUUGAAGCUGAAUGUCCAUUCAUAACCUUUGAGGAUUUGCUGGACCGUCUGGAGAACCUGGUUUGUGAUGUAGUGGACAGAGUCUUGAAGUCUCCUGCAUCAGGCUUACUGCGUGACCUCAACCCGGGCUUCCAGCCCCCUCAGCGUCCCUUCCGACGGAUGAACUACACGGAAGCCAUCGAGUGGUUAAAGGAGCAUGAUGUGAAGAAGGAUGAUGGCACUUACUAUGAGUUUGGGGAAGAUAUUCCUGAGGCUCCUGAGAGGCUGAUGACAGACACCAUUAAUGAGCCAAUCUUGCUGUGCCGCUUUCCUGCAGAGAUAAAGUCCUUCUAUAUGCAGCGCUGUCACGACGACUCCCGCCUUACAGAAUCUGUGGAUGUGUUGAUGCCUAACGUUGGUGAGAUUGUUGGUGGCUCCAUGCGUAUCUGGGACAGUGAGGAGCUGCUGGAAGGCUACAAGAGAGAGGGCAUCGAUCCCACACCCUACUACUGGUACACUGACCAGAGGAAGUACGGCACUUGCCCUCACGGUGGGUAUGGCUUGGGACUGGAGAGGUUCCUCACCUGGAUUCUGAAUCGUCAUCACAUCCGAGAUGUCUGCCUCUACCCACGCUUUGUCCAGCGCUGCAAACCUUAGCCCACCACCCCCCAGGGAACUCAGCAGAUCCUCCCAGGAAAACAACCAGACACUCUGCUGUUCUACAGCCCUUCCGAGAACAAAACUUACUGCAGCCUGUUGCUGAUACAAAUGCUGAUUUAGGGUGUGGAAAGGAAAUUUAAACCCUUUUUUUGUAAAGAAAAAUGCUACUAAUUAGCUGGAAGAAGCCCUAGAAAAAAAUGUUAGAUACAUUUACGCUCUCAAGUCAACAUAAAAAAAAGAUCCUGGUAAGCUGUUAUUUAAAAAACAAGAUAUGCUUCUGCUUUUAACUUCUGUAACUUAAAUAUACUGGGUAUUUGAUUUUUAAAUUUGCUUUCAUUUUAAUUUGCUUUCUCUUGUGAUUUCAUGUUGGAGAAAUCAGGCCUUCACGUUCUUCAGAUUUCCAAAUACUCAUCUCUGAGAAUGCUAUGAAGAGACAUUAUUUAGUUAGCCCAGCAAAGUUUAAAAAUGGGAAUAAUUGCAUUAAGUGCUGCACUUUUUUAGCUCCUACUGUUCUAUUGGAAGUUCUGUUUGAGUUGAUUCAGUAGCAAGGUGUGUAGUCCUGAGCACAGAGCUCCCCUGUGGGUUCUUGGGUUGGAUUGUUUGGGGUUUUUUUUUGUUUUGUUCUUUUUUUUCAGAUUAUUUAUUGGCUCCAGAUGCUGAGGUUGGUGGUGAGGUAGGCUUUGUGCUCUGCCCUGCUCUCUGUGGGGUGGUGGUGUUGCAAACCAGAAGUGACUGGGGGAAGACCUGAGCAAGCUGGUAGCUUUGAAAUGCAAUUGGAGUUCAGCAUUGUGUGCUGACUGGAUUGCUGUCCUCUACAUCUAGAGCUGUAGUUCCAGAAGUGCUUUCCUGCCUGCUGAAGUUUGUUUUCUUUGUAGAGCAGUUCCCUGUUUCCUCACUGGCACCAUGUUCUCUUGUGCUGCUGCAUCUGAGCAGCUUCUCUGGCUGUAAUCAAGCUUUCAAAUAGGAUUAAUGAAAUAUUUAGCGUGUUGAGUCAUCUGUAUGCUUCUGAGUCAUAAAUAAAGCAAUCCCUUUUGCUAGAGAAAUUUUAGAAAAAAAAUUUGCUAGGUGCAUCAUUUGCUCCCUGCACCAAGACUUGAUCCAAGUUUGCCAUUCACAGAAUCGUUGAGCUGUGCAAUAUCCAUAUUUUUGUAAUAAAUGAUUGGUUUUCUUCAUCUUGCAUGUUACAUAUAUGAACUGGUCUAAAGUCAGCAGCCAAUAAAUUCUAGCAACAUAA